AGCUCAUUAUCUCGUCAGUGUGUUUUUUGCAUCCACAAAACUCAGUUAUCAAUUUGACAUCCUCUCCGGAAAAUCCAAUCCUAAAUCUCAAAUUCAAAAUGAAGACCAUCAUUGUUCUCGUUGCCGUUGUUGCCCUGGCCCUGGCUGCUCCCCUGGAUGACUCCAAGAACGCUCAGAUCCUGAAGUACGAGAACGACAACAUCGGCGUUGAUGGAUACAAAUUCGCCUUCGAAACCAGUGAUGGACAGUCCCGCCAGGAACAGGCUGAGCUGAGGCGAUUGGCCGAUGAUGUUGAGGCCCUGGUUGUCCGUGGAUCGUACUCCUUCACCGCCGAUGAUGGACAGGUCUACACCGUGAACUACAUCGCCGAUGAGAACGGAUUCCAGCCGGAAGCCGCCCAUCUGCCCAAGGCCUAAGUUCCCCGUGAACACCUCUACCUCUAGCACAAAACCAACAACAAAAACUACAACCAUCCAAACAACAGCAGCCCACUGAAGUCUCAUAGGCAACCCCACCACCUCCAACAACAACUUCGGAUGACGCUACUUGAUAACAAUAACUGAGAAUACUCUGACGAUCGAAGUCCAUGCUUGUAAAGUGUACAGUUUUAUGCUUUCUUUUUUUUUGUUUUGUAUUAUUCCCAUGUACAGCGUGUUAUGUUUUUAUUUUUUUUUCAUUUUGUAAAUUUCUUUUUCUGAAAUGAAAAUGUCAAUUUUGAACACAUUUGAGUUACCUGAGAAGGGCAGCGCUUUCAUGCUGAAAGCGUGCCUUUCCAUGCUACAACAACAGCGAACUGCUCCAACAGCUACAUUGCAACGAGAACUUUGUACGAACACCAACUGCCAUAUCUUUUUGUUUCUAUUAUUUUGAACAAUAAAAAUUAGUUCUAAGUCAAACGUGAA